UCUAAUGGGUAUUUUCUUUUUCUUAGCCCUGCCCCUGAAUUGUCAGACGGCGUCUGCCUCUGAAGUUAGCAGUGAUUUCCUUUAGAGCCUGGCCUUAUCUCCGGCUGCACGUUGCCUGUUGGUGACUAAUAACACAAUAACAUUGUCUGGGGCUGGAAUAAAGUUGGAGCUGUUUACCCCCACUCUAUAGGGGUUCAAUAUAAAAAGCCGGCGGAGAGCUGUCCAAGUCAGACGCGCUUCUGCAGCGGCGCUGGGGCUGGAGCUGCGAGAGUCCCGAGUCUCCGCGCUGUCCCCGCACGCCACCGCGGCGCGUGUCCUCAGACUGCUCCGCCGCCCUCUCUCUUGGCAGAAGCCUCGUUUUCUCGCCAUUUGACUACAAGCUAACUUUGAGAUCUGAACAACCAGAAGCACUUGGAGGGAACUGAAGUUGUUUUUUUGUUCCUUCUCCUUUGGGGUCGGUUUGCAGAGCAGGUUUUUGAUCCCCUUUUUCAGAAUGGAUUAUUUCCUCAUAAUCUUCUCUCUGCUGUUUGUGGCUUUCCAAGGAGCUCCAGAAACAGCUUUGGGCGCUGAGCUCAGCACGGGUGCUGAGAACGAAGGGGGCGGCCCCUCGCCCAGUGCGCCCUGGCGGCCCCGCCGGUCCAAGCGCUGCUCCUGCUCGUCCUUGAUGGAUAAGGAGUGUGUCUACUUCUGCCAUCUCGACAUCAUCUGGAUCAACACUCCCGAGCACAUUGUUCCAUAUGGACUGGGAAGUCCUUCCAGGUCAAAGCGAUCCUUAAAGGAUUUAUUUCCUACCAAGGCAGCAAACCCCAGAAAUAGAUGCCAAUGUACUAGCCAAAGAGACAAGAAGUGCUGGAAUUUCUGCCAAGCAGAAAAAGAACUCAGGGCCCAAGACACUAUGGAGAAAGGCUGGAACAACCCCAAGAAAGGAAACGAUUGUUCCAAGCUUGGAGGGAAGUGCAUUCAUCAGUGGCUGGUGGAAGGAAGAAAACUAAGAAGGUCGGAGGCCAUCAGCAACAGCAUCAAAACGUCUUUUCGGAUCGCGAAGCUAAAAGCUGAGCUCUACAGAGAGAAGAAAGUGAUGCACAACCGAACGCACUGACUACAGGCCUCUGGGGCCUGUCUGAAGACAUCGCGCGAUUAGAGACCACGGGGCCAAGGCUGCACUCUGGCUGCAGGGGCUGGGAUCACAGCAAGGGCACCUCCCUGCUUAGACCUUGUCUUGUUCCAGGCCCGCCAAGGACUGACGUUGACAUUCUUGUUCUAAACAUUCCAAGAAAGGUUAAGGAGUCCCCCCAGUCUAUCUUCGUUUGCUUCCAUCAGUGGUAACUGCUUUUAGUCUGUCCUCCUUUAGUGAUGACAGUGGACGACUCAGAGAGACAGAGUGCCAUGUGCUUUAGGGUAGCAUCCCCCGGGGGAGGGCAAUGAGAUUCCACACAGGGGUGGAGUUUCUGAAGUGGCCCCCCUGAAGGAAGUGUUUGUGUCUGACUCAGGCGUCUGGCGCAUUUCAGGGAGCAACUCCAAAUUUCCACGCAAAGAUUUUCUACGGAAUGCACAAAUUGAAAACACUUGAAGGACAGAUACUCGAGUGGAAAAAAAAGAUGAAAAAGACUCUGUUUUUUCAUUCCUAAAAAUGUAAAACGGAAAGAAACUGUUACUACUGUAAAUCGGGAUGUGUUUCAUGGAUACCAGUCUACCUCACCAGUAUUGCACUCUGGCGGAAAUAUGUCACCACCUGGUUUUUUGCCUUUAAUUAUUGCCAUCCCAAACUCUUCCCCCUCCUGCAAUCCCCUCCCAGUAACCCCCAUAGUGAAUCCUAGCCUCAUAAAAGUCUGGUCUAACAUGUCAGAGGUAGGUAUGACAUUUUCAUGGUAACCUACUAACUCUAAUCCAUGAAAGGAAAAUCAUUGAAUCAGGUGAUCUCCUUCCCCUGACUUUUGGAAACGCAACGGUAUAGGGUUGUUCAUGAAAGACAUAGAAAAGUAAAUGCGGCUUAUGCUUUCAAUUAAUAGAAUUAUUUUCCUUUAUGUAACUGGCUAAUGGAAGAGGCUGGAUUAAAUUUUGAUGUAAUUAUUUUUUUAUAGAUAUUUAUAUUCAAACAAUUUAUUCCUUUAUAUUUACCAUGUUAAAUAUAUGUCUGGGCAGGCCAUAUUGGUCCAUGUAUUUUUUUAAAAUGUAUUUCUGAAUGAAAUUGGAAAAAAAAUGCUUUUUUUGCCUGUCAAGGUAAUGACUUCAGAAAAUAAAUAUUUUUCCCUACAGUACUGAUGUUGUUUGGACUUCCUAAGGAGCGGGCUAAGGUGGUAAGAAUUAUGAAGGGAAAUGAUUAAAGAUGGCUUCAUGGAGAGCGGACGAUGAAAGGGAAAAUGGUCUAAGCUAAUUAAAAAAGGAGCUUGAUCUGUAUCUUAAAAGUUGUUUUUAGAUUGCAUUAAGGUUAAAAAAACACAAAAACACAGCCUUAAUACCUCCAUCAUCCCCUAUAUAACAGCUUCCUUCUUUUUCACUUGAAAACUAUCCAGGGACUCCAUCCAUUUACUUCCUUAGGCUUUAAGCUGAUGGUGUAGUGAGAGGUGCUUUCUCCAUACUAAUGGAUUAAAGAAAGCAACAGAAAGACCCUCCCCCACAAAUGUCCCUAAUUAGACACAGUUCCACCCUAGAGUUGCUUUUAGAAAAUGGCCCGCUCAGAGCUGGUAGGCAAUUCCAACAUCUUUUUAUUUACUCAAAUGAAGACUUUUGUGUAUGAAGGAACAUGGCAUACCAUUGUUUCUUUGUGAUAGCUCAGGACCGGGCACAUGACCAUGGAGGCAGGGAUCCCCAAAACAACCUACCAGGUACAAAUUCUAGGUCACCUGUGUGGCUGAACCAGCUUCCUCUCCACUUCCCCCUGCCUUGGCUGACCUUGCCAACCCAUCAGAGAAUAUAGUAUUGUGACUGGAUGCUACCAACAGAAGCCUGCAACAGCUUGAUCAGCG